AUUUGAUAGCUGGCAACAUGAUAAAUUUAUGAGAAGUGAGCGUUAAUUGACAAACUAUGAUAUAUCAUGAUUUCAUAAAAAAAUUGCAUUUUAUGUAACUUAAACUUAAAUUUUUAAUUCUUAUUGUAAUCUCUUCAUUUGACUUAAUCGUUAAUCAAUAUAUUUUUACAUCAGUCAUUUGUGUUAUUUGAUACUAAAAAUUUUGAUUAGUAUUUUUUUAAAAUAGGCUUAGUUACUUCUGAAUGAGUACAAUAUUUUGAGACAAGAUGUUUUUAAUGUUUACAUAAGUGUGCAGAUGUGUUUGAUUGAUGUUUUUAUGUAAUUUAAAAUGAGUAGUAGACCAAGGACAACGUCGAUUGCUGAGAGCAGUAAGCAAUCGUCGCAGCCUAGUUUUACGGGAAUCAAGACAACUAGUAAAGAUGGCAGUAAAGUGACAACUGUUGUAGCAACUCCUGGACAAGGACCUGAAAGGCCACAAGAAAUAUCUUAUACUGAUACUAAGGUCAUUGGAAAUGGAUCGUUUGGUGUUGUGUAUCAAGCUCGUUUGUUUGAGACUGGGGAGCUUAUAGCCAUUAAAAAAGUCUUACAAGAUAAACGUUUUAAGAAUCGAGAACUUCAAAUUAUGAGACGACUCGACCACUGCAAUAUUGUCAAAUUGAAGUAUUUUUUUUAUUCGAGUGGUGACAAGAAAGAUGAGGUUUAUUUGAACUUAGUUUUGGAAUUUAUCCCUGAAACAGUCUAUAGAGCUGCUAGACAAUACAGUAAAUCAAAGCAGACUAUACCUAUUUCUUUCAUUAAGCUUUACAUGUAUCAGUUAUUUCGAAGUCUAGCCUAUAUCCAUUCACUGGGAAUUUGUCAUCGUGAUAUAAAACCUCAAAACUUAUUACUAGAUCCUGAAAGUGGUGUAUUAAAAUUGUGCGACUUUGGCAGUGCUAAACAUCUGAUAAAUGGAGAGCCAAAUGUUUCCUACAUUUGCUCACGGUACUAUCGAGCUCCAGAACUCAUAUUUGGUGCAACUGAUUAUACUACAAUGAUAGAUGUGUGGUCAGCUGGUUGCGUGCUUGCGGAAUUACUUCUUGGGCAACCCAUCUUUCCUGGUGAUAGCGGGGUGGAUCAACUUGUUGAAAUAAUCAAAGUUCUUGGCACACCUACUAAAGAGCAGAUUAGAGAAAUGAACAGAAAUUACACAGAAUUUCGUUUCCCUAUGAUUAAAGCUCAUCCUUGGAGCAAGGUGUUUCGUGCUAGAACACCCCCAGAAGCUGUUGAUCUAGUGUCUAAGCUUUUAGAAUAUACUCCAUCUGUUCGAUGUACUCCUCUACAAGCCUGUGCACACCCUUUCUUUGAUGAAUUAAGAGAACCUGGUACACGAUUGCCCAACUCUCGAGAGUUGCCUCCUCUUUUCAAUUUUACUGAGCAUGAGUUAAAGAUUCAGCCAUCUUUAAAUUCCAUCCUGAUUCCUCUGCACAUACGCAACAGUAGUCAAAAUAAUACGAUUGGAACAAACAACCCUAUUUCGGAUGCCAGUUCUGGUGGGAUGUCACAUUUAGCCGCAGAUUCUUCAAUUAGCAAUUCACUAUCAGCUUCUGGUAGCAGUGCCACCCAGAUAGGGGCUUCGACUUCCACUGCAACUGCAUGACAUUUUUAAUAUUUUCAGAAGGGGGCAGGCAGCUAAGCCUUAUUUUCGAUUAUUGUGGGCUAUAGCCAUUCUGUUGUAAAAACCAAAACCGGAGACCAAAUCUCCCCCUGUAGAUUGGUUUUGACAAGGAGAUCUGUCUCGAAUAACACUCAGUACAGUGUUGCGGUACCUGAGCUAGGUUGUAAAUAAAUUCGAACUUAUAAAUGUUUUGUUAAAUAAUGGGAUGCAACCAAUGAAAACUUUCAACCAAAAUUUAAGUUUCUUUGGUUAUCUCAUGUUUUAGAAGUUGAUUUUUUUUUAUUACUAUUGUUGCAAAAUAUUGCAUUAAAGUUAUUUUUGAUUCUGUUACAAAAUUAUUUUUAAUGUUUACUCAAUUAUGUUGUGUAUCAAGAGUUGAUCUUACAAUUGUAUUUUAAAAUUUGGGUUAUCAGUGAAAUUUUAUCGGUUUUUAAUGAAUUUAAAUUUAUGUAUUCAAUAUUUUUGUGUACAGCUUUUUCAUAUCUAUGUAAUACAAUUUUUUUUACCAAUCAUUUUUAUUAAAUUUGUGUAUAUAAAAUUUAUUAUUUAUGUUUUGUUUAGAAACAACCUUUCGCAAAUAGAUCAAAUACAGAAACCUUAAUCAAAAAAAUUGCUGAGGCGCCCUAUUCGUUUUGGUGCUUUUUUUUCUUCUUUCAUAACCAAAGUGUUAUUAGUAACAAUAUCAUCGAAUUAAAUAUUCAUAUGUAUAUGGUUUAUUUAUUGAUCAUACGUUUACUGAAUUUUGCAUAUUUAUAUAACUGAUUAUGGAAAAUGUUACUUAUGUUUUUAAAGGAUUUAGUGCACAGUGCUUAAUUAAUGAAGAUGCUCUAUGACUAAGGUUUCUGCGUGUUUUCUAUCUUCUCUUUUAGUGAUAAAAAAAUUAGGUGGAACUUCCAAAAUUUUAACUCUUUCUCUCUCUCUAUAUAUAUAUCUAUCUUUUUCUCUCUCUGGGCGAUAAUCAUAAUUCAUUACAAAAUUGUGCAAAAUAAAAAAAAUCUCUUAACACUAUUUCUGAAACACUUGUCAUAUUUUUAGCUUUUGAGAAGCUUUGUUUUAGGCAGCCUGCUCUUUGCAUUGAAAGUGUGAAUAAACUACAAAUAAAAUUAUUUCUGGCUGAUUCAGCUAGCAAUUGUACAGUAUGAAAAUAAAUAUAUAAUGUUUUAUGCAAUUUCAUGUUCAAAAAGGAAGAAAGAAAAAACAUUUAGACUGAUAUUUAUUCUGGGAUGCCAACUUCUAGAUUUUUGUUUCUAAUUAUGAUAUAUAUAUAUUUUUAAUCCUUUUUUGUGGAUUAGAGACAAAACUAUCUUAAAUACAUGACCAUACAUAUUUUUGUUUAUAAAAUUCAUAGCAAAUUUUCAAAUACUUCCAUAUGCUCUUAAUUUUUAUGGAAAUGAAUAGUUAUUAUUGUUACUUGCAUUAGCUUGAUGUUGCAUUUCUGUGUAAUUAUUAUUAGGGGGGGGGGCAUUGAUGCAAGUUGGCAUCCCUGUUAAUUUUUCAGGUCUGCUUCUGAAAAUAUAUUGUAUAUCCCUGUGAUUGGAUGACAGUUUUAUACUGUACAGUGUAUUUAAAUGUGAUGUUUGAAUUAUAGAAUAGAGUGCCUCUUUAUUUAUACUUAAUAUAUUGGCUUCAAAAUUAUAAAGCUUUAAUUUUUGUGUGUGUGAAUGAAGUGAUUUCAUUGAAUUUAUGUCUUGUUUUUCUUUCUGAUAUAACUAAUAAUUUUUUUUAAAAAAAAGUAUUGUCUAUAUACCGCAUCAUUUAUUAAUGGCUAUUUGUGCACUUGAUUUUGAACAAUUUGCAUAUUUUAGUAUUUAUUGUUAGAUAGAUAAUUGUGUAUAAAUCCUUGUCCGUUCCAAACACGGGCAUUUAUGUUUUUCAUAAAAUUUCAUGAUCUUGGCUUUUUCCUACAUUAAGCUUGCAAUGCUUCUUGCACCCUCUACAGAAUCAUACAGUUUAUUUGGAAUAUUAUUUUGAAGUAUCGAAACUGCUCUAAAUCUGUUUAUAUGUAUCUAUUAUUCAGCUUAAAGUAUUAAUUUGCUUUUUUGUCCUCUCCCAGCCAAAUUUAUGAAUUUUGAGAACCUCAUUUAACCAGCAACACUAAUGCUUGUAUGUUUCUUUUUUUUUUUAAUAAAAAAACAAACAAAGCAAAUGCUUUCAUUACUUUUUUAAGAUGAUAAAAAAAGGAGUGUUCUAGCAAAUUUAGCUUAGUAAUACUCUUUCUUGCCAGUAUAAGUGAAGAUAUGAAUUCUAUUUAUGAUGCAAAAUCAAUUUGUAUAAAUAACUAGUGUAUGUAUAUUUAUUGCUGUAGUCAUAAUGUUUAUACUGGUGUAUAAUGAAAACUGUGCAUUUCUUAGUGUUGUUGACUAUAGAAUACCAUAAAAAGCUAUGUUCUUUAGCAGCUCAAGAAAGCCCACUCAUCGCAUGAAAGAAUAUGAAUAUGGCAACUGACCGAGCACCGUCUGUUUUCCGUGUUGUGAAAUUCUGAUGCAUGUAAAUUACAAGAGGCAUUUUUAAUGGAUAAAUUGUAAUUAUUUUGAUUUUUUUCGCACUUCAUACAUAAUAUUAAUGAACAUAAACAGGACCAUGUUCUCGUGCAUUGAUGCACUAUGUUUCCCUUUGUAUAUUGCUUACUGUUAGGUAAUUUAGAUGUAGAAAAAAAAUAAUAAAAUAAAAUUAUUACACGUCGCGA